AUGGGAUCAAACUGCUGUGGCGAUUACGUUGCUGCUUCGCCGGAGAUUGCCGUGACGGAAAGCGGAUCAAUCGCGUUGAGGCUUCUCUGCGUCGUAUUUAUCGUUCUCUUCUACGGCUCGAUUUUUCUACUCUGCUUCGUGAUGUACCCGAAGCCGGCGAAGGAAACAAUCGGCGACGAGGAAGCCGGCGAGCCGUUACCGCCGGCGGUGAGACUCACGAAGAAAGGCGCGAAAUGCGGCGGCGGCGACGGGAUCAGAGCAGAUUGUUGCGUGAUCUGUUUGGAGGAUUUUGAAGUAAACGACGUCGUUAGGGUUCUGGUGGGAUGCAAGCACGUGUUUCACGUGGAGUGUAUAGACUCAUGGUGUUUCUAUAAGCUGACGUGUCCGAUUUGCAGGGCACCGUUCCAGUGGUUCGGUGAUUGGUAA